GCCCUGUCUACCCCUUUUGACAGGUAGUGGGGGUCACCUUUUGGUUGGCAUUUUUCACCCUUCAUACACUUUAUAAUGACAAAUGUGACAAACAGUGAAUGAGCGGUGAUUUAAAAUGCAAUUUGUGUGUUCGUAUGCAAUGAAUGAGUGUUUGUAUGCCUAUUGAGACAUAGCCUGAACAAUGCUGUCAAAUUGACUCCCAUUCAGGCAUUCAGACAUAGCUUGCAUUCAAUUGCAUUACACAUGAAAUACAUGUUAAUUUCUAUUUAGUUGAUUAUAUUGACUAUUAAUUGUCUUAAAUUACAACCAAUUGUUGAAUAUUAGCGAUAAUAGACACCAAUGGAGACUAUAUUUCACGAAAAGCAAGAGGGCUCACUGUGUGGUCAGCACUGUCUGAAUGCCUUACUUCAGGGCGAGUACUUCACGGCCGUAGACUUGGCUCAGUUGGCACAAGAUAUCGAUGAACAGGAGAGACAUCGCAUGGCAGAGGGCGGGGAGACCUCUGAUGAAUACCAACGAUUCAUUCAAUCUCCGUCAGACAAUAUGGACGACUCGGGCUUCUUCUCAGUGCAAGUGAUCGCCAGCGCUCUCAGGGUUUGGGCCCUCGAUUUGAUCCCAUUUAGUGCCAGGAAUGAGAUCUCAAUGUCCGCCCAAACAGAUCCCACUCUUCAGAAGGCAUACAUCUGUAACUAUAGAGAGCAUUGGUUUACAAUCCGAAAGAUCGGUCGCCAGUGGUUUAACCUGAACUCACUGCUCACGGGACCGGAACUCAUAUCCGACACAUACCUCUCCCUAUUCUUAGUGCAACUCCAAAGGGAAGGCUAUUCCAUAUUCAUAGUGAAUGGUAUUCUUCCAAAUUGUAAUGCAGACAAUGUGUUGGCGGAACAGAUUGUCACUCAAAACGAAAAGCCGCGCCUUUUAUCAGAAGUUAAUAAAUCUAAGACUAAAUCGAAAGAACGAAACCAAAGCCUCACCGAAGAAGACGAUAAAGAGUUGGAAGAAGUGUUGCGAAUGAGUAUUGAAAGCAAUGCAGAGGCAGAGAGACGUCAAAUGGAAACGGCUUUAGCUAUGAGUCUUGAAUCCACUCCUAAACCAAUUAAUCAAUUCUCGACUGAGGAAGAGAUGCUGGACAGGGCUCUGAAGAUGUCACUCGAGGCCUUAUAACAUCAGUGACCAGUAUUCACAACACUAUGGGAUGAAAGUAUUAAUUUGAAUCACUUUUAGAGCUUUUAAUUAUUAAACAUUUUGAUGCAUUCAAUACUUUGAAUGCCCUAAAGAAUUAACUCUUACUACCGGUACUAAAAGCCAUUGAAUGCUUGGUUUGUUUGUUACUAUUUGCUCUCUUUUUACAUAUAAUCUCAUUGUAUUCAUUCACUUAAUCUAUUAAUUUGAAC